AUGCAGCUUUCCACUCUCCUCACAGCAGCGACUCUCGCUUGUGCGGCGAUUGCCCACCCCGGCCCUCACGCUCGCAUCCCCCGCGCAGAGGUGGCCCGCCGCGCCGACCUAUCUUCAAGGUGCUCUGACAAGGUAGCCCGGUUCAACGAGAAGCGCUGGAAGCGGAACCUCGCCAAGCGUUCCGGCAGCGGCAACUCGACCUUCCAAAUCACCACGGAAGCGCCUCACUAUCAAACCAUCCAGAACGAAACCUGCGUGCUCGCUCCUGAAGUGACAGAGGGUCCGUACUGGUGGCCGGAGUCGCAGACCUUGCGUCAGGAUAUGACCGAGGACCAGCCUGGUGUUCCUUUGUGGUUGGACGUGGGUGUGCUCGACAUGGCAACUUGCGAGCCGCUCGAGGGCGUUUUGGUUGACUUCUGGCACUGCAAUGCCACGGGAAGCUACUCUAGCUUCACGGGAUUGUCACCGAACACGCCGUUCGAGACACUGUUGAAGCAGCUAAAUGUAUCGGACUAUGCAAUGGGCUCGACAGAUCUGCACACGGACGACACCACAUUCUUGCGUGGAAUGUGGCCGACUGACAAGAACGGCAUGAUGGAGAUGAAGACCGUCUUCCCUGGCUUCUACGUCGAACGUGCCAUCCACAUCCACGUCCAAGUCCACACCGACUGGUCUCUCCGCGGAAACGGCACUAUGGCCUACGGUGACACCAUCAGCACCGGCCAGCUCUACUUCGAUGAAGCACUCGAGCGCAAGAUCAUGGCGUUGGAACCCUACGUCUCGCACACAGAAAUCAAUCGGACUACCAACGCUGUCGACUCGGUUUUCUCGCAGGGUCUUGAUGGUGGAUACAAUCCUGUCGUGUCUGUGGAGCCUGUGGAUGGUGAGGAUGUCACUAAGGGGAUGAUUGGGUACAUUACUAUUGGCGUUGACACGACUGCGGUGGAGAGCUUUAAGAAGAGAUAA